AUGUCCAAUCUCCAGCGCUUGGACCGGGCGGAGGAUAGAAGAGCAUGGGCGAGGGAGAGAGCAUCCUCAUCCAUCGCCAACUCCCGCCCUUAUGCCAUUGUCCCCUCCACCCAUCCCGCCGCCUGCAUCUACGCUGCAUGCGCAAUGCGUCAUUUGCAUAUUGCCGCGCGAGUCCAGAGCCAGACCUGCAGCAUACGCCCGUUUCAUUCACCAUGGCCUAUUCCCUGGUCCGUCUCACUUGAUGGCAGUGACAUGAUGGCCCAACGUCACAAUCACAGGCCAUCCUGGUGGAACCCCCUCGCCAACUCAUCCACGCCCAAUCUUACCUCUUUCUUUGCAAUACCCAUUCGCUCCCCACACACUGCGCCUAGUGUCUCUCUAGCCAGCAUACCCAUCGUCGAUUCUCCCUACAAACCGCCACCCACAACCCGUCCGCUAGCUCCAAGCAGUAUCACAGCCAAAACUUGGAAUCCUGCUCAAACCCGGUCGACAUGCGCCACAAUGCCUGAAAUAAAAUCACAACCGCUAAUUGGUUGCCAUGUGCAAUCGAUGCCGAUUGCUCUUGACCUAACACCAGGGCACAUGCUCACACCUAGUCUCGUCUGUAGUCUCCGCCAUCUGUUCCCAAUGCGGACCUCUCCGAUCCCUAUUCUAUUGGUGGGCUGA